AGCGCACGCACACAGACACACACGAUGCGUCGCUGCACCCGCUCCACACUGCUGCUGCUUCUGCUACUGUGUGCGGCUCAUCUAACCAGAUGCCGCGAUUUGCCACAAUACAUCAAAGCCUGCAGCGAGAAGGAUCCAAACAUGAGUGAAUGUGCACUGAAGAAUGGUCGUGCUGCAAUUCCAUAUGUGGUGAAAGGUGAUCCCAGCAUCAAACUGUUACCGCAGGAUCCACUGAAAGUAACGGAAAUAGUGGUGGACGAAAAAGGACUCAAGUUCACCAUGAGGGACGUGGUCAUACGUGGAGAGGCAAAAGGAGACCUGCAAGAUGCAAGGUGCGGUGAGAGCAGGUCGUUUCCGAGCGAGAGACGCCUUGAGCUGGACGUGUGGUUCCCCGUGCUGGACAUGAGCUUCAAGUACAACGUGUCCGGCAAGGUGCUUGUGCUGCCAUUGGACGGAGCGGGUACGGGAACAAUGAAACUCGAAAACGUGACUAUCCACUACAAAAUAAACUACGAACCUUACAGAAAUGGUGACACUGACCACAUAAAAGCAACAGUAGCACAAUCCAGAGGUGAAAUUGGUCACAUGGCACUUAACCUGCAGAAUCUGUUCAAUGGUGACAAGUUUCUCGGUGAUAACACUAACAAAGUUCUGAAUGAGAACUGGGAGGUUCUGGUAGGCGACGUGGGGCCGGCGAUGUUCGAAUCGUUUCGAGCCGUGGCGCAGAACUUGGUGGACACCAUCUUUGACGGCGUGCCCUACAGGAAGGUGAUCCUCGAAUGAGUCGCCGAUCUGUCUUCUGAAGUACGUGUGAGGAAUGGUGCGGUGGCCUCCCGCACCGUCUGCCAGCUACGUGUUGAAACAUCACUGUAAGAGGUUAUAUGCUUACAGUGCGAAAUAUCAUGAGGCGUGGAAUGAAACUGUCUAAUGGAUAUCUAAAGAAAAGUCGAUAAGGACUAUAAAAAUGCACAAUUUAUAAGGCAAAGCAAUGUAAACGAUGAGCACUACAAUGAAAUUUUGUAGAGAAUUCAAAAACUAUUUUAUACUUCUUAGUUAAAGGUGUAAUGUUAGAUUUAUUUACACACACCAUUCUCAGAUUGGAGAGCCAUUAUGUAGUGGUCUCUUCCUCUGGUAAGCCCUAGGACAUUCAAAUGAAGUGUCGGUUAC